AUGGAGUAUCGACUUCGCUCAUUUUAUUUCAUCAGGCUGGAUGCACUGAAUUUCAAACCCUCAAGAAGCCAGAGGAAGGUGAUCUACCGAUGGAGUCGAUUUAUCAUGUACGGAAACGUCCCGGAGUCCGACAGGAUGCUCUCUGAAGAUGAAAGCCAGGAAGCAGCCACUGUGCCUGGGUGCCUCGCACCAACGCUACAUGCCCUCGAGCACCGACCAAACCGGCCGCGAAAGGCGCACAAGUUCGAGGUCUUCCUCGAAUCCCCAAGCUACACCGCCGAGAAAUACCAGCUCUACGAAGCCUACCAGGCCCAAGUGCACGGCGACACCCUCAACCUGCCCUACCUCUUCUACCGCUUCCUGGUCGAGUCCCCCCUGCUCGUAGGUAAUCCCCUCUCUGCACAGGAUCACAGCGAACCCACACCCCCGGCCUCGAGCCAGACCGCGGCGAUCCCAUACCCCGCGCCCGCGCCUGCGCACCUCCCGCGGCAGUACGGGUCAUACCACCAGCUGUACCGCCUCGACGGCAGGCUGAUCGGGAUGAGCGUGCUCGAUAUCCUGCCCGGCUCCGUGUCGAGUGUGUACUUCGUGUAUGACCGCCGGUGGGUCAAGUACUCGCUCGGGAAGCUCAGCAUAAUGUACGAGGCUGCCCUGGUCCAGGAGAUGCACCAGGCGGGCCUCCCGAAUAUGGAACACCUGCACCUAGGUUUGUUUAGAUCAAUCAACCUAUUCCCCAGUGCCGCUUACAACAGGACGCUGUUUCGGUCGGAAGGCUUCUACAUCCAUUCGAACCCCAAAAUGAAGUACAAAGGCGAGUACAGCCCCACAUAUCUGCUGGACCCAGAGGAGCUCAGUUGGCAUCCCGUACCUGAAUGUUUGCCCCUUCUAGAGCAAUACCGGUACGCCUGCUUUUCACAUCCAGAACACUCUUUAGCAGGGCCGGACGACCCGGGGGAACUACCCAUUUCCACGCCCUCAGACGAAAGUCUGGAGGAAAUUCGAUUCGCGAAACUAACAGACGGCGAGGCAGAAGUCAUACCCAUCAAAAGCUCAGAGGCCUGGGCAGAUGCGAUAUUCCUAAGACCAACCUUCGCUGCCACGAUACAAGACUUAGGCGUCGAGUUAGCCAAGGAGCUGGUCUUCCAUUAG